AUUUCAUUCCUACUUUGCAUUCCUAUCCACUGCAGCAUUGAUACAUUUCCAUUACUUGCCUUCUCUUCUUUUCAGCAGACUACUAAGCUAAUUGCACUCCAGUUUAGAAGCAAAUAAUUCCAACACUUCCCUAACAUUGUUGAGUUGUAAAGGCACCGUAUACCAAGAAACAAGUACUGAGGCUGUUAAAGAAUGCGAACAACUGAGGGCAUAUUUUUCAUGCUGCUGCUGAUUAGCCUGCAGUUGGCCAGAAAUCACAGUGAAGAUGCAGUUAAUUCUACAUCUUCAAUAAGCAGUGUAAGCAGCACACCUAUGAGUCCAACUCCAUUUAAUGUGACCUCUGACAGAACUUCUACAGAACGUAGCAAUACCAGUGAUAGUCUAAAUGAUAGUACUAUAACAGAAAGCAAUACUCCAAGCAACAAGACCACCUCAACCCUGACUCCAACAUCAUCUCUUCAUAGUGUGUUAUUACCAACAACACAUCCACCAACUUUAACUACAAAAGAUGUAAAGCAUAGAGUAUCCUCUUCGGGAAUGCCUAUAAAUACUUCUAGAAGUUAUGAAGCCACCACUUACUUCAAGUCAUUUGAACCUGAAACAAACAGUGUCACCACAACUGCCCCUAACAUCAGUUUCACGACCACGGUUUCCCAUAACACAACUCAAGUAGAUGGUUUAACAUUUCGUCCCACUAAAAAUCUAUCAAAUACAACAGCUAUGUUGCUAACCACUAAGAGUAGUGCUGUUACAACUGAAUUAUCAACAAGUGUUCCAACAGCAAAUCUGCCUCCCAAAGCAACUGGUGGGUCUACAGUAGCAAGAGAAGCCCCAAAAGAAAAUCAUAGUAAUGGAGGGGUAAUAUUUGGAACAAUUGUAGGAGUAAUGUUAGGAUCUGCACUGAUUGGCCUGGUUGGAUAUUUAAUCUAUGGUAAAAGAAAAUCUGAAUCGUUUGGACAUCAGCGACUUUAUGAUGACACAAGAAAUGAUCCAGUUCUGCGACUAGAUGCUAUACCCGAACCUUUCAGUCCAAACUUUGGAAAUCUAUCCUACUACAAUCCAAUGGCAGCCAAUGAGAACCAUGUCCAGAACCACAAAGAAACAUCAUACAAUGCAAUUCCAAUGGAUGACAUGACAUCAUCACAGCCUUCAGCAGAAAUGCAUAAAGCCAGAUGUUAAGAGUUAAAUAUAUAUAUGGGACUUUGUCGAAAUGUCACCAAGACACUUCCAAUUUGACACGGGAGAAAACCCAAAUAGCCAAAGACAUAUAUAUAUCUUGUUCCCGUUUGUGGCCCAUAUAACAUUUGAAUGUGUGUAAGAAGAAAUGAUUGCAGGUCAUGUCAUAUUCUUUUUACCACUCCUUUGCAUAAGGGAAUGCAUGUAUAUAUGCUAUCCCAUUAGAACAAGGGUGCCAAACUCGCAACGUCACAUGAUGUGUUGUGACAUAUCGCAACUUUUUUGCCAUUGCUGGCAAUGGGGUGGAUGUGGUUUCAUUAUGAUUCAUCUGGCCCACGGGCUGGCAGUUUGACACCUCUGCAUUAGAAGAAAUGCUGGCAGACUCACAAGUAUGGGUAGACUUCUAAGAAUAUUGGGUCCUUGAUCUGAAGCACCCUUUCUUCGUUCUUUGAUCGGUAAUAGUUUAUUGAUGGAAAUUUGGUGCUUCUGCUGUUACUUACCAGGCAAUAAUUCUACAUAUGUGAAUCAGUCAUAAAUGCAAGUUCUGGUCUAUUUGUAUUAUUUUAGACAUCCAUGCUAUGAAUUAAACAAAAAACAAGCCAAACUACUUAUAUAAAAAUGUUUGCAUAUUUUUUUUAAACUCAAAUAGUUUUAAAGAAGUUAUUAAUCAUGACUGAAAAAUAGAAGAUCAUUUACAAUCGUGCUUCAGAUUGAGAAAUGCUGAACUUUUUUACUUGAUAAUAUCCCCAAAAUAUGUGCUAACAUCUAUUGAAAACAUGACAUUGGACAAAUGGGACUUUUUUUCUCUUUUAAAGAAGAGCAAUAUUUCAAUAUUUCAGCUCUAAAUUAAAGUAUCACAACAUUAGUGAUAAUAUACAUUCUCAUAAAUUCCCUUCAUCCUUCCAAAUACUAAUUCUAAUUACAUUCAGAGUUGAGCAAUUUUUCUCAAGGAGCUGCUUGUUUAAUACUGAUCAGGUAAACUUCAUGCUUAAAUUUAGUGACAAAAAUGAUAAGUUUUUGGCAACAUUGUUUUCCCUCAGUUUUUAAAAAGUUUUCUUUUUUGCUCAUAAACCAUAAUCAAGUCUCUGGAGUGUUCUCUUUCUGUACUUUGCUCCAACUGGAAAAAAAAUAAGCUUACAAUUUCAUCUCUGCUCAUUGUAGCGUCAUCACCAGAUCACCCUCCAGCUUUUCUGGAAGAAGAUCUGAGAAAAAAGGAAUAUGGAGAAAAGCUGCCCUUCCCGGAUUUAGGAGGGUAAUUUUGUUAUAACAGGGUUUUGUGUUUUUUUUUACUGUGGCAGAGCACCCUAGUUUUCUUUUAUUAUACCUAAUAAAUAAAUUACCUAAUCAUUUAAUUAUUAUUGGUAGGUCAGUUUAGAAUCAAUAGUGACAUUAACCAAAGUGAUGUCUCCUAGAUAUGCUGGAAUUAUAUAACUGAAUGGGCACUAGAAUGGGCAGAGAUGAAAUUGUAAGCUUAUUUUUUUUCCAGUUGGAGCAAAGUACAGAAAGAGAACACUCCAGAGACUUGAUUAUGGUUUAUGAGGAAAAAUAAACUUUGCUAGGUUGGUUCUCUCCUUAGUUUCCACCUAUUGCUUCUUGUCCUGCCUUCAGGUGCUUUGGUGAAUAGGUUGACCCACUCUUCUUUGUGGCAACCCCUGAGAUAUUGGAACACUGUUACCAUGUCAUUGGACAUACCAAUACCUGCAACUGUUCCACAUCUCUUUUAGCCUCCAGUCCACUUUAUUGUCUUUAUUGUUCUUCUCUGCACUCUUCUAGAAUCUCAACAUCGUUUUUAUAUUGUGGCGACCAAAAUUGAAUGUAAUAUUCCAAGUGUGGACUUACUAAGGCAUUAUAAAGUGAUACUUCACAUGAUAUUGAUCCUAUCCCUCUGUUAAUGCAACCUAGUUGUUAUAAUGCAGCCUAAGUUGUUAUAAACCAUAUGCUUACUUAAUUCUGCAGAAGAAUAAUCAACUUCAAGGCUUUUAAUUGUUUUUUGUAAAUAAACUAAGUCUCAAAGGGAAGCCAGGCUAAUGUAGCUGAGUUGUAUUUCAGUAGAAUAAAUUUGCUUCUCUUGGGCCUUUAGAACAGUGUUCACAAAUACAACACAUGUACUGUUGCAUCAUGCAUCAGGAUGAAAGCAUGUAAGGAUAUGUAUCAUAUGUCACUGUGGUUUUGCCUUUUAGUGGCUUGCCCUGGAUUCUGUCAUCAUGUACUAUUGCCUAAAGUUCUGGUUUUGCUGUUCAAAACAUUUGCACUUAAAUACAGCCAACAGUUUUUGCUGGGCACAAGCUGUACUGCUGGUCUAUUUUGAGUCACAUUUUAGCACAUAUUAUAUCAGUAUCAUUUUAAAUUGUUUGGGACAGCAUUUGCUGGACAAAGCUAAUUUUGUCAAAAAAGGUUGCACUUAAACAUCUUCAAAAAAAAAAGCAUAUACUCAAAGAGGUAUCAAAAUGCUUUAAAAACUACUGUCUUUCCAGUAUCUUAAAAUGGUGUGUCUAUUUGCUUUCUUGUCCUAUUGUUUCACCAUCGUUUUAGAGCUUCCAUGUUUUUAGAUCAUGAGCCAAACUAAUAAAAGGACUACAUAGAAAAUGUAA